GCAGCUGUGCACCGAACAGCGGCAGCAGAAAGAAGUGGCGCUCCGGCUGGAGAGCUGCGGCUGUCGCAUCCUCGCAUCCAAGCGGCCAGGGGGCGUCUUUGUCUGGGAACGCGUCCAGCAGCAGCUCGGCCACCAUCCAGGCUGCCUGCUUUCAUUCCAUCUCUCGGAUUACAGUUUUCAGGGGGCAUCAUCAUCCCGGCCACGGUCGUGUUUACAUCCUUGACCACGGUGGAAGUUAUGUUGGGAGACUUGUUUGGACGCGCGUAAAAACGGCAUUUAUUGUUUUCACGCUUGUGUCGCUGCGAGCGGAUGGGUCCGAUUGGAGACGAGUUUACAGCGUUUUCACCGUCCGAACAGUUUCCAUCAAAGUUUCAUGCCUUUGUCCCGUCCGACAGCUCGGUCCACGCCGCUCGGUGUGUUCUGACGGUGCGUAAUUACUGCUUUCCUGCGUCUUGGCCACGGGCGUCACAGGUAGCCUACCUUAGCCUGCACGCUCCGCCACGGAUGACAGCGGAUCAGUGAGAAGGUGACAGGUCCGUCUGCUCACUGAGCCGCUGGAAAACACUCCAUCAUGGAUGACACCGGGGCGGAACAUCUCUGCGCCUGGACCGGGGCGUCCAGACGGAGCGUCCGGGACGUUCUGAGGACCUACCUGGGGAUACUGAUGGUGCUUCACCUCGUGCUGCACACGGAAGCCUCAUCUGUGUCCAAGUCGUGUGAUAAAAACUGCUUUUCAGGGAAGUGCGUGAACGGAUCCUGCGUGUGUGACCACGGCUGGGUGGGAGAUCAGUGCCAACACUGUCAGGGGAGAUUCAAGUUAACAGACCUGUCAGGUUCUCUCACAGAUGGUCCAGUAAACUACAAAUACAAGACCAAAUGCACUUGGUUAAUAGAAGGAUUCCCUAAUGCAGUACUCAGGCUGCGCUUCAAUCACUUUGCCACUGAGUGCAGCUGGGACCACAUGUACGUCUAUGAUGGAGACUCCAUUUACGCCCCUUUGAUUGCCGUCUUCAGUGGUCUGGUGGUACCGGAGUCCAGCGGGAAUGAAACGGUACCGGAGGUGGUGACGACGUCCGGCUACGCUCUGCUUCACUUCUUCAGCGAUGCUGCCUACAACCUGACUGGUUUCAGCAUCUCCUACUCGAUAAACUCUUGUCCCAACAACUGCUCGGGUCACGGUCGAUGCAGCACGGCUAACUCGGUGGCGGGUCGGGUGUACUGCGAGUGCGACGAGUACUGGAAAGGAGAGGCGUGUGACAUCCCAUACUGCAGAGACAACUGUGGCAGCCCCGACCACGGCUACUGCGACCUGACUGGGGAGAAGCUCUGCGUCUGCAAUGACAGCUGGCAAGGUCCAGACUGCUCUCUCUCCGUCCCCUCCACUGAGGCCUUCUGGGUUCUACCCAGCAUCAAACCAUCGGCUCAGUCUCUGGGUCGGGCGUCCCACCGGGCCCUGGUGCAUUCUGGGUUGAUGUGGGUGGUGGGCGGCUACUCCUUCAACUACUCCAACUACCACAUGGUGCUCAACUACAACCUGGAGACCAGUACGUGGGAUGUUGUUCCUGUCAACAACGGUCCUCACUACAGAUAUGGACACUCACUGGCUCUGUACCAGGACGACAUCUACAUGUUUGGUGGGAAGCUGGAAUCGGGAUCCGCCAACGUGACGGAUGAGUUGUGGGUGUUCAACAUCCCCAGACGCACCUGGUCGCCACGGAAACCAGCCCCGCCUCCCCCGUACGGCCUGGAGGGCCACACGGCCCACGUUGUGGAGCUGGCUGACGGCGAGCCGGUGAUGCUCGUCUUUUUUGGAUACUCACCGAUCUACAGCUACAUCAACAAGGUCCAGGAGUACAACAUCAGGUCCAACUCGUGGCAGGUGGUUUCGGCCGGAGGCGCCGUGGUCCAGGGAGGUUACGGCCACAGCAGCGUGUUGGACGAGGCCAGCGGCUGCGUGUUCGUCCACGGAGGCUACAAGGCUCUGAGCAACAACAAAUACGGCCUGGUGGACCACAUGUACCGAUACCACGUCCACACCAAGACAUGGUUGAUCCUCAGGGAGAGCGGCUUGGCUCGGUAUCUCCACUCGGUGGUGCUGUUGAGCGGCACACUGCUGGUCUUUGGAGGAAACACCCACAAUGAUACGUCUCUGAGCAACGGAGCCAAGUGUUUUUCAGCCGACUUUCUGGCGUACGAUAUCGCCUGCGAUGAGUGGAGCGUCCUCCCCAGGCCUGGACUGCACCGAGACAUCAACCGCUUCGGACACUCUGCUGUGGUCAGCAACGGCUCCAUGUACAUCUUUGGAGGUUUUUCGGGUCUCCUUCUGAACGACGUCCUGGCCUACACCCCUCCGUCCUGCCUGGCCUUCUCCAGCCAAGCUUCGUGUGCCGCCGCUGGGCCUGGACUUCGCUGCCACUGGGUCAAAAGUAGCUGCGUCCCCUGGGAGCCCAAACCACCGGACCACGCUUUCCCUGCUCCUUUCUGCCCUGCACAACCCGACACUACAGACGAACAGUGUUUCCGGUUCUCAGACUGUGCGAGCUGCACGGCCAACACCAGAGGAUGCCAGUGGUGUGAAGACAGGAAGUGUAUCUCCGCCUCCAGCAACUGCACUGUGCUGACUCUGGAACUGGCCCAGCAGCAUGGCGGCGCUCUGUCUCUGUCUCCACCUCCAUCCAUGUUGUCUGAGCAUCAGCUGAGCUUGUGGAAGCACGGAGCCAGAAGGAGAGGACAUUCGGUGACAGACUCGUCCAGGUGUAAACGCAGGGAGGAGCAGGAGUGUUUCCGACUGGCCAACUGCAGGAGCUGCUCCCUGAACGCCAACUGUCAGUGGGAGGCGCAGCAGCAGGAGUGCCAGGCGCUGCCAGGUAAUCUGUGUGGGGAGGGCUGGCAGCACGUCGGAGAGGCCUGCCUGAGGAUCAACUCCAGCAGGGAGAGCUACGAUAACGCCCAGCACUACUGCAAGAACCUGGGAGGGAACAUCGCCUCUCUGCUCACUGACAAACAGGUCAAUUUUGUCCUGGAGGAGCUGCAGAAGUAUCAGCUGCAGGACAAGAGGUUAUCUCCAUGGGUCGGCCUGAGGAAGAUCAACGUGUCGUACUGGGGCUGGGAGGACGCCUCACCGUUCACCAACACCAGCCUGAGGUGGUCACCUGGAGAGCCCAGCGACUCUGGAUUCUGUGCUUACCUGGAGCGAGCGCAGGUGGCCGGUCUGAAGGCAAACCCCUGCACGGCCACUACCGACGGCCUGAUCUGUGAAAAGCCUGCCGGGAGUCCACAGAGCCAGAGCGCUCGUCCCUGUAAGACGCCGUGCGCGCUACGUAGCAGCUGUGCUAACUGCACCAGCCAGGCCAUGGAGUGUAUGUGGUGUGGAAGCACUCAGCGAUGCGUCGACUCCUCGGCCUACGUCAUCUCCUUUCCCUACGGACAGUGUCUGGAGUGGCAGACCCAGGACUGCUCAGCCCAGAACUGUUCCGGUCUAAGGACUUGUUCCGACUGUCUGGAGAGGGUUGAGUGCGGCUGGUGUGGAGAUCCCAGUAACACCGGCAGAGGUGUCUGCAUGGAGGGCUCCUACCGAGGCCCCCUGAAGCCCCUGAACCCGAGGGCCGGGCCCAGAGACAGGGAGAGGCUACGAGACCGGGACAUGGUGGUGGAUCAGAACCUGUGUUCAUCCGAUCGAGGCUACAACUGGGCAUUUAUCCAGUGUCCCGCGUGUCAGUGUAACGGCCACAGCAGGUGUGUGAACGGCAGCUUGUGUGAACACUGCGGGAACCUGACGGCGGGAACGCACUGCCAGAGCUGCAUGCCCGGUUACUAUGGCGACCCCACUAAUGGCGGGAAGUGCAACGCGUGCAAGUGCAACAGUCACGCCAACGUCUGCCACGUCAACACGGGGAAGUGCUUCUGUACCACCAAGGGCGUGAAGGGAGACCAGUGUCAGCUAUGUGACUCAGAAAACCGUUACCUUGGCAACCCUCUCCGAGGAACAUGUUAUUACAACCUGUUGAUUGAUUACCAGUUUACCUUCAGUCUGCUGCAGGAAGACGACCGUUACUACACCGCCAUCAACUUCAUGGCCACACCUGAACAGGCCAACAAAAACCUGGACAUGUCCAUCAACGCCUCCAACAACUUCAACCUCAACAUCACUUGGUCCUUAAGCUCCACAGCUGGAACCAUCUCCGGUGAAGAGAUGCCCAUCAUAGCGAGGACCAACAUCAAGGAGCACAGAGACAGUUUCUCCUGUGAGAAGUUCAACUUCAGACUCCAUCACAACAUCACCUUCUACGUCUACGUGUCCAACUUCAGCUGGCCCAUCAAAAUCCAGAUUGCGUUCUCGCAGCACAACAGCAUCAUGGACCUGGUGCAGUUCUUCGUUACCUUCUUUAGCUGUUUCCUCUCACUGCUGCUGGUCGCUGCCGUGGUUUGGAAAAUCAAGCAGACCUGCUGGGCGUCACGACGUAGAGAGCAGCUGAUGAGAGAGCGACAGCAGAUGGCCAGUCGUCCCUUCGCUUCGGUCGCCGUGGCGCUGGAGGUGGGCGGCGACCAGGAGGAGCUGCUGCAGUCGGUGCCGAAGCCCAUCGCUAUGGAGCCGUGCUGGGGCAGCGGAGCAGGAGUUCUGACGGUGCUACUUUACCUACCAAGAGUCCCGUCUGGGAUACCUCCACCUGGGCAGUCUGGUAUCGCUAUAGCUAGCGCUCUGGUGGACACGUCGCAGCAGCGGGUGAUGGACUUUAAAGAACGAGGCCUCGGUCUGAAGCAUCGUAAACACACCGUGCACCAUCAAGGGACCUGCGUAUGAGCUGCAGGAUCCACCAGAAAUGCUCUCAUUGACUUUAGACGCUGGGAAAAGCCUGCAAAAACUGGGUUUGGACGAUCCUCGAAUGGAGAAAGUGGCACUCGUGGUCCCUUUCCUUCCUUGGAUCGGACUUCUUCUUCCAUAUGUCUAUCCUGAUGAGCCAGAAAAAUUUAAAAAAAUAAAAUUGGAAAGCUGUUGCAGACUGACAACAAGAAUGUGUUUCUCUGGUCAGACAUUGCUUGGAGAAGUUGGCAGACUUUUCCCGUUUUCACGCCAUGUGGCUCAGAGUCUCCGGGGCUCCACUCGUCUGUCUGUCAUGCCGUCUGCCAUAUUGACAGCGAAAAAAACAAACAAGAAAACAGUUGUUUUUCCACCAAAUAAACCAAACUAAACAGCUUGGAGCUCCAGUGAAAAGACAUGGAGCUGAACUGAAGUCCUCCUGAUUUGCACUCCGAGAAACGUUGAACUAAAGAAAACAACGAGGACGAAACCGAGAUCAUUGCAAGCCCCCAUAAUGAGUCCAUCUGGAGGAUUUGCUUGAGGAUAAAGUUCCAUCCGAGCACUUUUGAAAGUCUGCUGCGACGUUCAAGAACUGCAUUUUGCUACGAAGAUCAUUGGAUGUAACUGUUGAAAAUGUGUCUUUUAUGAACUCCGUGUGAUUUAGUUUUUUUUCCCUGCACCGAUGUUUGAAGUUCUAGAUUUUGAUAUCUGCUCAGGUCGUCUGAUGGUCGGGUCCAUUUCUCUGUAGCUGUGGGCCUUAUUCACAUCUGUAUAUGCACUACCGUGAAACGCUUUACCAGUACAUUAGGACCCUCCGCGGGAUUAUAAUAUGCAACUGAUCAUCCAAACGUAAUGUUUAUUCUGGGCUGCGACGUAACCUCGAGGUCGGUAUCAUCAAACACUUACUACUGAUGGUAUUCGUAUAGAUUUCAUUUAUUACUGUGAAGCUACGGUAUCCAUCUUUUUUUAAAAUCUCACGCUUGUUAAAUUUACUGUAACAUAUCUCGAUAUUUAUUGAUUAUGCAAGCUGCAGUUACACAAUAAUUUUACAAAUUUUACAAAUGCACUAAGGAUUUUUUAAUGGAAAAAGACUGAAUAAUUGAUUUUAUAGAUCAAGUCUGUGCAGUAUUCCCCCCUUUCCUUUUUUUCCUUUGCCUAUGCCCUCAUUUCUAAUUCUAUAUUUUAUGCAUAUCAUAGCAAGGUUUGUGCGUUUUACUCGUUGCUGAUUGUGUUUAAUGUUGUAAAGUCACUUUUAUCAGCUGCAUACACACAGCAGAGUUCAGUCUUGAUGCAUACGUGACAGUUGACAUCCAGGCGUUUUGUUUUCAUGUACUUUUGCACCAGUUUGUCGCUGAGACUUGGAUUAACAAAGGGCAGCUCACCACACUGUUUGUUUGUCCGUAUGAGCAUAAAAAUCUGUACAUUUACAAUAAAACAUUUUGAUGCCUCUUCAUAUGGUAACUGAA